AUGGCCGAUAGAUACGGAAACAGAUACGCUCCUCGAACUCGAUCCCCUCCUCCAUCCUUCUCUGCGAGAGCCUCUCUUCCUAUCGACAUCAGUGGCUACCACAUGUCGUCACCACACCACCAUGUCGUCCCCACCGGCCAUCGCGAAGUGAUUCCCACUCGCAGCUCGAGCGUUGCCAACAACGGGGCAUUGGUGACGACAUACAAGGUCACAGCAGAUGGUAUUCCCACGCGGGGCAGCAGUGUGCGGGAAGGAAGCAGAUCGCGAAGAUUUACUGUCGACAACCAUAACAGACCACCCAUCAUCAUCACUGAGAGUUCACCGAGGGAGAGAGCGGUGAUUCACAGCGGCGGAGGCAUGAGACCUGGCAGCCCUUUGUCGAACCCCUAUCGCUCGAGCGAGGAAGAUUACGUUGCUACACCGGCGUCUUCAAGACAUGGCCGCCAGCACACGAAGCGGCAUAGUACGUCGAUGGAUAAUGGCGAUAUUAGAGGCUCUGGAUUACGGGUUGCGCCAGUUCGAGAACCAAACUAUGCCAACAUAAGAUCGCGACCAAUAUACCCCAACCAACUGGUCAGACAUGCGGACAAUGUGGCCGAGGAUUUUGGUGAGAAUGGAUAUGGAUACACGAAUCCACAAGAAGUGGUGCGCUAUGAUUUGCAAAGGACUGCUCCUCCACCUGUUGUGCAGACACGGCCGCGCAGAGAUAGUUAUGAAGGGAGGACAAGCAGACCAACCAGUAUUACGGGUUACAACGACAUUGUCCCUCGGUCCUACGAUGGCAGAGAACGAGGCCCUCCUCCUUCGACUAGGGGCUUUGAUAGGAUCCCUGGAUCUGGAAGAGGAUGGGAGCCGCCUCAGAUUAGGAUGCCAGUUCCUCCUUCUCCAUCUUCAAUGUCCCCUAUGGACCCGAUCCCCAGACCUGCUCCUUUCGAACCUGUUGAGCCAGCGAGACGGAUCAGCUCGCGGAAUAGCUCGCGCGCUAGGCCAACAUCGCUUUAUCACGAUCGCGAGCCAAGACGGGGACCAAGAGAAGACUAUUAUGAGGCCAGAGACGAUGACCGAGAUUGGAGGGAGAGAACACAUCAUAAUGGUCGGCAUGAGGAUGGUGUUGAGCAGAGGGGGUAUGGUCUUCGAGCUGAACGGCCGGAAAGAGUUGAGCGAUCUGACCGGCAUGACAGACGCGAGAGAGGCUCUGAUGAGGAUCGUUCAGAUUACAAGGAGCACAAGGAGCACAAGGAUCACAAGGGUAGGAGUGAGAGACGUGAGAGAGGCUCUGAUGAAGAACGAUCAGAUUACAGGGAGCAUAAAGAACAUAAAGGCAGACGUGAGAGAGGCUCUGAUGAGGAUCGAUCGGAUUACAAGGAGCAUAAAGAACACAAGGGCAGACGUGAGAGAGGCUCUGAUGAGGAUCGGUCAGAUUACAAGGAUCACAAAGACCACAAGGGUCGAGAUUUAGCAGCUACUGGUCUCAGUCUUGCUGCUACUGCCGCAGGGCUCAAGGCCGUCAAGAACGCAACUCGGGACGGCCGAGAUGAUCGCGAUGAUCGAGACGAACGACGAAGCGAUUAUGAUGAUGAGCCUCGAAGACGUCGCGACCGGGAUGAUAGGGACUCUGUUGAUUUAAGUGGCAGAGAUCCUAAGGAGAGGCGGCGCAGGGACGAUGACCAUCCACCAAGGGUUUCACCCCCGCCAAGAGACAGACCAGACCCGAGAGACAUCCCUCCUCCACCCAGCCCUCCGCCCUCCGACAAAGAUGUCAAAGUUGGCAGCCCAACACAAGCUGCAUUCCUUGAUCUUAGCGGCCGGGACCCAAGAGAACGCAAGUCAUCCAAAGAUGAUGAUGAGCGUCGAGAACGUCGCAGGCGGCGGUCUGAAGCCCCAGAAACUGGCUCUGUAGAUUCUGAUUCCGACAGUUCAGUAUCACCGAAUGAUACCACACAUCCUGCUCGAGCCGAAUCUCGACUGAAACGAAAGUCUGGUGUAGCAGCAGGAGCUUUCAACCCCAAGGACACAAUGGGUCUCAUGGCUCUGAAAGAGGCACUCAACAAGAAAGAUUCUGCGCCCAAGGAUGCGCCUCAAGAGCCUGUCAAAGCCCCUCGCGAGUCGCUGACAAAGGAUCCUCGAGAUGUUGUAGACAUCCGAAGAGAACUCGAUGAGCGACGACCACGUGAUCCACUUCAGCCGAAUGACAAUCGCCAACUUCGCGUCGUCUCCCCGCCGAGAGAGAAGGCUGAAGAGAAGCCGGUAAAGGGUAUCCUGCGGCAACCUCGUGAAAAGUUCCCCGAAGACCCAGCACCGAUCCGCGAAGGUGUGGCCCCUCUCAAGGAUGCCAAGAAAGAUGGCAUUCCUCCUGACGCUCGAUGGACAAAGAUCAGUCGAAAGCUCGUGAACCCGGAAGCAUUGGAGGCAGGCAAAGAGAGAUUUGAGGCACGAGAGGACUUCGUGAUUGUGCUGAGAGUCUUAUCCAGAGACGAGGUUCAGGGCUACGCGGAAGUCACACAGCGGAUUAGAGCUGCCCGUGAAGCAAUAGAAGAACAGGAAGCCAAUGAACGCCGUCGACUCCGCCGCGAAAAACACGAACGCCACAAACGCGAACGCAACGGUGACGUCGAGCGCGAACCCCGCGAACGCGGUGAACGCAGUGAACGUGACAGAGCCGAGAGAUCUGAGCGCCGUCGUCACCACCGCAGCGAGCGCGACAGAGGCUCACACUCCGAGUCUGACUCGAGCGAUGAGCAGGACUAUGUUGAAGAUAAACCGAAAAUGCUGGAGGCGCCGAAGAAGAAGGGGGGCUUUGAGGAGCCGGUUAUGAGUGGCGGACUUGGAGAUGUAAGGGGAUUUGGAGAGGAAGAGAAGAGGGAUCCGCUGGGUCUCACGAAUAUGAGUAAUUUGAGGGAAAAUCCCAAUGUACCGGGACAGUAUAUCGGGUAUGUGAGGAAUCCUCCGACGCCUGCGGCGUUGGUGGGUGGGAAGAAGUAA